UCCUUUUAUUCAUUCUACUUCCGUAAAGGGAUAUUGUUUCAGAAUUUACAAAAUAGAAGCAAGCUCAAAGACAGGGAAAUAAAAAAAAACACAUGUGCAACAAGAAAUGAUUUUCAUAAAGCAAGCUGAAUAAGGCAAGUCAAGAUGGGAAGUUCUGGAACCAUAGCUGAAGAUAUCUUUCUUCGGAUUGUGAUGGAAUUGGGCUGAUCCUGAAUCCAAAACCAAAAUCGAAAGCAACCAACAAAGAAAGAGAAAGAGAGAGAUUGAGAAUCUGUUAAAGUAUCGGCGCCGGUUUGAAAGAGGAAGAAAGUGCGGCGAAGCAAUGGUGUUUCCCGGUGAGAAAGAAGAAGAUGAAGAAGAAGACUACACGAAGAAGAAGAGGAAGACUCUCCACAAUUUCUCGUUCACGGACUUGAAGUGGGGUGCCCAGCGCAGUCUAAGGUGCUCAAAGAUCGAAUCCAACGGCGGCUCCCCCUCCCCCGUCGCGGCCGUUGAUCAAAGACUCCGACGCCGAUCCUCGCCUCCCAAAUUCGGCGACAAUCGGAGUCGAGGAUUGGCGAACGCCGGCGAGGAAGACGAUUACGAGGAAGAGAAGACGAACAAGAAAGAGAGGGAGAUGGAGGUUUCUCCGUCGUGGAAUUUGAGGAAGAGAAGAGCGGCCUGCAAGGAGGCUCCGGUAACAGAUUCCGGCGGGAACAAUCAGAAGGACGAGAAGGGAGUGAGGCCCAAGUUUAACUCGACGCUGUCGAAGAAAGAGGUGGAAGAUGAUUUUAUGGCGAUGGUGGGCCAUCCACCACCGCGACGGCCCAAGAAACGUCCCAGAAACGUUCAGAAACGGAUCGAUUCCUUGUAUCCAGCUUUUUAUUUUGGUGAAGUUAAGGAAGAUAUCUACGAUGUCCCAGACGCAUCCGAGAACGGAAAGAAAUGAUGAUGAAGAACGGUGAAUGAAAGUUGCACAGCUUUAUUUUGCUCACUUGUGGAAUCUCUUUGGAGUUGGGAGAUGCUUUUUUGAAUUUCUCAGUUUUGUUUCUCCAGCUUAUUAGUUUUGGUUCUGGCUGAAAUAACAUGUACAAAGAUUAAGUAGGUUCUUAAUUAUGUAUUACAGCAUACUCUUUCUUUCAGUGUAUCAGCAAGGAACAGUCAAUAAUAGUAAUCAAUGGAAUGAUGAACAUUUUACCAAAUUUGAUUAACCAAGUUCUAUC